UCAACAAGCACCCCAAAAUGAUCAACACAGGGUUAUUUCCGUAAAUAUAUAAAAGUGAGACUACGAAACACCAAAACGCUUCGUAUCUUUAUAUAGUGCCAGCCACAAUCUCUCUCUCUCUCUACUCCACUCGUCUCUCUCUAUUGUUUCUCAAAAGCCUUCUUUUUUCACAAAUUCGGUUAUGGUUAGGGUUUCAUAAUUCGCAUUUUGCAAAAUGUUGUACAAAUCAACUCAUUCUCAAUUUUCAUUCUCUAAUUCGAAAAUUAUGAAUUGAUUCUACUUUUUCAUUCUUCUUCUUUUCAGUGUCGGCAGUUGUGAUAUGGAAACGCAUGAUGUUUCUCAAGCUAGGCACCAGAAUGCUUACUGGGUUGAAGGGGCUGAUAUAAAUUCACAGUUCACAAGCCCAAACUUUGAACAAUCUGGAGUAAUGAAUAAUGAAGGAGCCCCUGAAUUUGUUGAUCAGAGCAUGUAUUACCCUGCUGCCACCAAUUAUGGGUAUUAUUGUACAGGAUUCGAAUCACCCGGUGAAUGGGAGGACCAGUAUAGGAUUUUUGGUGUAGAUGGUCCAGAUGUCCAGUACAUGGGUGGACAAGAUGAAAGUUUUCCGUUAGUAUAUUACAACAACUAUGGAUAUGCACAGUCUCCAUACAAUCCAUAUAAUCCGUAUAUACCUGGUGCCGCGGUAGGAGUUGAUGGCUCAUAUGGAGGAGGACAAUCUUAUUACACCCUCCCCAAUCAUCAAAACCCUGCUUCACCUGCUUAUGACCCCCUUGUUCAACUAGACAAUUUUCCUGAUAGUUCUGCAAACUCCGUGUUUGGAGCCAGCGCUUCUGUAAGCAGAAGUGAUGGAAGAGGUUUGAAACAAAAGUUCAAUGAAGCUUCUGGUAACUUUUCUAGGAACUCGUUAAUACUUUCAACAAAUCAAACAAGUUCCGUGGCCAUGGUAUCAGAAGGGCCGAGAGCUAACAAUGGGAGGAAGCAAGAUUUGACACAUGCAAAUGUUUCUGGAAGCAGGUCUCUCAACGCAGCAUCAUCUGCUGUUCAUCAGGAUAGAAGAACUGAUGCUUCAGUGCAACCUGUAGAUACUAUCUCUAAUGGGAAUGUUAUUUCUCAUCAUAAUCAAUUGAUAGUAGCUUCUUCACGAAGUGGAUUUUCUGAUUUUGCAGCAAAUGCUAAUGGACAGUCUUCAGUUGCUAAGCUUAGGCCAAAGGCCCUUGGACUAGGAUCAAGUGAUGGAAAUGUUAGUGCUGAUGUAUUGGGUGAUCAAAAUCGAGGCCCUAGGACUAGUAGAUCAAAACAUCAACUGUCUGUGAAAGCUUAUACGACCAAGGUAGGAGGUGGUAAUGAGCAAGACAGCAUCAUCAUUUAUACCGACCAAUACAACAAGGAGGAUUUCCCUCUUGACUAUGAUAAUGCAAAGUUUUUUGUUAUAAAAUCAUACAGUGAGGAUGAUGUGCACAAAAGCAUUAAAUACAAUGUGUGGUCUUCUACAGUUCAUGGAAACAGGAAGUUGGGAAAUGCUUAUGAGGAUACAAAGAAAGUAUCAGCUGAAAAAUCUGGAGUCUGUCCUAUCUUCCUAUUUUUUUCUGUUAAUGCUAGCGGUCAAUUUUGUGGAGUUGCAGAGAUGAUUGGCUCUGUUGACUUUAAUAAGGACAUGGACUUUUGGCAGCAAGAUAAAUGGAGUGGAAGCUUUCCUGUUAAGUGGCAUAUCAUAAAAGAUGUUCCAAAUCCAAAUUUUAGGCACAUCAUACUAGACAACAAUGAGAACAAGCCAGUAACUAAUAGCAGAGAUACACAAGAGAUAAUGUAUUCUAAAGGAUUGGAAAUGCUGAAAAUAUUCAAAAAUCAUACUUUGAAGACAUCGUUGCUUGAUGACUUCAUGUAUUAUGAAAACCGUCAAAAGAUCAUGCACGAUCAGAAAGCCAAGCUCCUAAUCAGAAGUUUCAAAAGUCCAGUAUUCAUACCAUCAUUGGCACCUCGAAAGUUGAAUAUUGUUCCUGACAAACCACCCAGCAAGUAUGAGAAGAAUGCAAGGCUCAAGGAUGAUUCUAAUAGCUUAAAUCAGAUGUCCAUUUCAAAUUCUGAGCAGAACAUCCACAUUUCUGAUGUCCCAAACAUCAAGUCUGUGAAUGAGCAGGCUGAGAAAAUUGCAGUUGAAGAAGAUAUCUCCUCUAUCUUAAAGAUUGGUUCAAUCGCUAUUACCCCGAAGCAGGUUGCAACAAAACAAUCUGGCAUUGGUAGCCGAGAACAAAUUGACAUUCUUACAGUAGGCUCAGUGCCAGUUAAAGUUAAUGGGUUAGCUGGCUCUUCUGGGUUCUUGAAAGUUGGCAGUAUACAACUUGACCCAAAAGCAUUACAACCACAAAAGGGAGAUGCUGCCGCUAAAAGUAGUUUCCAAAAAUAAAUUUUGCGCCUGUGUUUUGAUUCGUCAUCUGGUACUGUCAAGUUGAAUUAACAUCAGUACAUCACUUGAUUGUAUCAUGCAGUUGGGAAGCUGUUUCUUUUUGAUCUAUUUCUGUUGCUAAUGCUUUGAUACAAAGGCCCUUCCCAUUAUCAUGGGUUUUCAAGCAGUAAUGUUGACUCCUAGAACUUCCAAUUUUUUGUCUUUCCUUUUGCACACAUACUUGGGUCAGUUUUCUUUGUUUCAAAUUUCAACCAAUCUUUGUUGAGAAGGAUUGAAAGCUUCUCACCAUUUUCAUUCCAUGUGAUUGUUAUAUUCACAAGAUCUAUCUUUGUUGUUAAGAAUGUAUUUGUUCCAUUUUGGUUUUGAAGGUUUCGAAAUGUAGUAUAUGACUGAAUGAGAGCUUAUUCUUUAACAAUAUUAAAUUCUUUUGGUUUA